UAUCAAAUCCUUACCUAUCGAAGGCGUACAGAUUGCACAAUUCGCAUCGCGAGCAGCAACUCUGCUCGAAGAGAACCUGGAAAAGGUUCGUGAGAUGCUGAAGGAAGAGGCAUCAGAUUUGUGCAAACCCGCUGAAGAUACCCCCCUUCCUCCCCUUCGAGCGAUAAACCACCGAAUUCCACUCAAGGACGAGUCCAUAACAUUACCUUAUAUCCCUUCUCGCUGUCCACAAGCUUUCAGAGAACAGUGGGAAAAGAAAAGAGACGCUUACCUGAAAACUGGCCGCUGGAAGUACGAGACAGGACCAAGUGCCGUCCCAAUUCUCUUCAUAGCCAAGAAACCUGGUCCUAAUGGCGAGAAACGACUUCGAACCGUCUUUGCAAAGCAACGUCUCAACGAUAAUACGAUCAAGUUGUCUUCUCCCCUCCCGGAUAUUCAGAACAUCCUAGAGACUGUCGCUCAAUUCAAGUACAAGUCCCUAAUUGACGGACGUGACGCUUACGAACAGAUCCGUGUCGAUCCAAAAGACGUCCAGAAGACUCUGUUCAACACGCCAGAUGGAACUAUGGUCAGCUACGUCAUGCAACAAGGAGACACCAACGCUGGAGCGACUUACCAAACGCUAAUGAACCAUAUCUUCGCGUCGUUCAUCGGUAUCUUCAUGUUCGUUUACCUGGACGACAUUAUUAUCUUCUCAAAUACCGUCGAAGACCAUGUCAAGCACAUUCGGUUAGUUCUAGACGUCCUGAGAAAGGAGAAACUUUACCUUUCUUCGAGUGACAAGCUGCAAUUCUUUGCACGUCCUCUCGUCAUUCUCGGACAUGUCAUCGACGACAAAGGGAUCAAGAUGGACCCGCAUAAAGUCGAUCGCAUCUCGAACUGGAAGACCCCAACAAACGCCACUCUGGUAGCCGGUUUCACUGGCAUGAAUAGAAUUGGGACAGCGCUUGGUCCCGUCUCGUACUUCCAGCGGCCAGUUUUCAGGUAA